GCGGCCGCGCUGAGGGCGCCCCCCGCCGCCGGACGCGCCCGCGAUGCUGCGCCCGCCCGGGCCCGCCCCGGGCUCGUGGCUCCGCUGAUCCACUGCGCUCCGCUCGUGUCCCCCAUGGGCUCACCAGUGUCCUUCGUGCUCUCGAGGAUGUCGGGCUGCGGGGCUCCCGGGGCCAAGAGCCGGGUGACGGUGCCCAAGCGCGUGUGGGAGUUCGUGACGCGGGAGCGCGCGGCGCGCCUGGCGCUGCUGGCGCAGGAGGCGCGGGUGCGGAUCCUGGUGGACGGCGAGACCCCCGAGCUGUACGUGCUGCAGCUCUGCGCGACCCCCCCGGGGCCCCCCCGGGGCGCGGGGCUCUGCCCGGCCCGCAAGGCGCUCAAGGCGCUGCUCAAGGAGACGGAGAAGGAGCUGAAGAAGCGCAGCCAGCGGCACGGGGAGGUGCUGGGGGCCCGCCCGGAGCCCCCCGCGGGCGCCGCCGGCUCUCCCGGCGCGGGCCCGGCGCGGGACGAGGAGCCGGAGCGGCAGUGCCCGAUCUGCCUGGGCGAGAUGCGGGGCCCGCGCACGCUGGAGCGCUGCCGGCACUCGUUCUGCGGGGAGUGCAUCGCGCGGGCGCUGCAGGUGCGCUCCGCCUGCCCCGUCUGCGGCCGCUUCUACGGGCAGCUGGUGGGCAACCAGCCCCCCGACGGCCGCAUGCUGGUCACCCGCGACGCCGCGCUGCCCCUGCCCGGCUACGAGGCCUUCGGCACCAUCAUCAUCCAGUACGUCUUCCCGCCCGGCGUGCAGGGGGUGGAGCACCCGAACCCGGGCGUGCGGUACCCGGGCACCACGCGCGUGGCGUACCUGCCCGACUGCCCCGAGGGGAACAAGGUGCUGGGGCUGUUCCGCAAGGCCUUCGCCCAGCGCCUCACCUUCACCGUGGGCACCUCGCUGACCACCGGCCGUGCCAACGUCAUCACCUGGAACGACAUCCACCACAAGACCAACUGCACCGGCGGGCCCCAGCUGUUCGGGUACCCCGACCCCACGUACCUCGCCCGGGUGCAGGAGGAGCUGCGGGCCAAGGGCAUCACCGAGGACUGAGCGGGGGGGCAGGGACCCCUCCCGGGCAGGGGGACCCCCCCAGGAUCACCCCGGGCAGCAAGGACCCCCCUGGAGCCUCCCUGGGCAGCAGGACCCCCAGGCAGGGGGAGCCCCAUACAAGGGGACCCCCCGGGGCAG